AUGAAGUCCUUCGUCGUCCUGUCCUGCGUCCUGGCCGUGGCCGUGGCCUCCUACGUGCCCGCCGACACCCCCGAGGUGGCCGCCGCCAAGGCGCAGCACUUCGCCGCCCACCAGCAGGCCACCGCCCGCAACUGGGCUAGCGAUGUGGUCGUCAACAACCAGUGGGUGGCUGCUGCCCCUGCCUGGUCCAACGUGUGGACCGCCCGCGCCGCCAACUGGUACGCCCCAUCCUGGCAGCGCUGGUACCAGCCUGCCCAGAUCGCCGUCGUCAACGGCCACGUCCAGGACACCCCUGAGGUCGCCGCCGAGAAGGCCAAGCACUUCGCUCUGGUCGCCGAGGCCAACGCCCGCAACGCCGUCAGCGGUGGUGACGACGGUCAGUGGGUUGACGACGUGAACGUGCACGUUGCCGCCCCCGCCGUGGCCCGCGUCGCCGUCCACGCCGCCCACCCCGUGUCCUACGUCAAGAGCUACGCCGCCCCCGCCGUCUCCCACAGCUACGUCGCCGCCGCCCGCCACGUUCAGCCCGCCAACAUCGUCGUCGCCAACGGCCACGUCCAGGACACCCCUGAGGUCGCCGCCGAGAAGGCCAAGCACUUCGCCCUGUACGCCGAGUCCGCCGCCCGCAACGCCGCCGCCGGCAGCACCGAGUGGGCCGACAACGCCGAGAACUGGAAGGCCUGGGGAUCCCCCGCCGCCGUCUCCACCUACGCCGCCGUCGCCCCCGUCGUGUCCAGCGUGUACCCCUCCUGGGCUGUGAACCACGGUGUCGCCCCCAUCGUCGUCGCCAACGGCCACGUCCAGGACACCGCGGAGGUCGCCGCCGAGAAGGCCAAGCACCUCGCCCUGGUCGCUGAGGCUAAGGCCCGCAACGGAGACUGGUCCGAAGUCGUCGCCCCCGUUGCCGUCGCCCCCGUCGCCCCUGUCGCCGUCGGCCGCGUGGCUCACGCCGUCGCCGCCGUGCCCGCCGUCGCCGACCUGCACUCCCAGUACCACGCCCAGGACGAGGCUGGCCAGUACACCUACGGCUACAACGGCGGUCUGUCCACCAAGAACGAGGAGAAGACCGUCGACGGCGUGACCCGCGGUGCCUACUCCUACGUCGACGCCAACGGCAUCGUUCAGUCCCGCAGCUACGUCGCCGACAGCUUCGGCUUCCGCGUCGCCGCCACCGACCUGCCCCAGGACGCCCCCGCCGUCGCCGCCGCCCCCAUCGUCGCCGCCCCCGUUCGCUCCGUGUACGCCGCCCCCGCCGUGUACCAGCGCGUCGCCGCCGUGCCCUCCGCCCAGGUCGUCGUCAAGGCCGACGGCACCCUGGAGGACACCCCCGAGGUGGCGGCCGCCAAGGCCCAGCACUUCGCCGCCCACCAGCAGGAGCACGCCCGUCUCGUCGGCGGCGCCUGGUAAUCCCGGCACCGGCAGCCACCCGGUUACCAUGACGACCAACGCACCCCGUGCGCCAUGAGGGGAAACACGAGUUACCAGCGUCGUUCUGGGCCGCCGCCACCGACGGCGUCCUUUUUGGAGACGCCGCGGCGGUGGCGUCGGCUACAUCGGCGGACGACGCGCGGCGCACAGUCUGGCGGCAGUCCCUGGUGGACGCGGCCCGCACCGACCCAGUACCACAAAGUACAUGUACAACGUUGUGAUUUAGGAUAGAGGGGGCAGAAGCGCUCGCGGGGCGUGUCGGAAGGACGCCGAAGACGAAAACUCCCCGCGGUGCGACCCCCGCCAACUAGACUGAUGGAAACGACAAGGACGACUGAGGACUCUCUUUAUGUUUUGUUAAUUUUUAGGUUUCAUUAUUUGCUGAUGAGACCGAAAAAAAUUUAGUGAGUGGUUUGUGAUAUUCCACCCGUUAUGCUACGCACCUCUUACGGACGAAUAAAUGAUACAAGUAAAG